AUGGCAGCUAAUAAGAACUCGCUCUCUAUGCUAUUCAUGGCUUUGGUCCUCAUGGCUGUAGUAAGUGAACUGGCAAAUGCAAGUUCGCUAACAGUAUUUGGAGGACCAGGUUGUCGCGGUGGAGCUGCAAGGUAUGAUAGAUGUGGAUGCUCAAGCUUUAGUCUGUCUGGUGGUUAUCAAUUUGUUUACACCGGUCAAACUGCUUCCAUGUAUAACCAAGCGGGUUGUCGGGGUGUGUCUAGUUUUGGGUUCAACGCUAAUGCGAAUGGAUGCCACUCCAUUGGAUGGAGGAGCAUAUUCAUCCAGUGUUAA